AUUACAGAGUGCACCGCCAUCCAGCGCGGGAGAGCGGCGGAGGGUGUUGUGAUUGUUGGGGCUUCGGCUGCUCUCUGGAUGACAGCGGGACAGCCAUGCUGCUCCCUUCCGAUGUGGCCAGGCUAAUACUUGGUUACUUGCAGCAAGAAAAGCUGUUCUCUACGUGCAAAGCCUUCAUUACAGAGUCACCCCACCUCAAGGAAUAUGCAGAACAUCACACAGAUGAAGGGGCCAUCCCAGGAUGUCUUCUGUCCCUCUUUGGAAAAAACCUGAUAACAAUCUUGAAUGAAUACGUAACAAUGAAAGCAAAGGAGAAUGAAGCAGAUCUACCAUUCAUGAUGUCCUCUCUGUGGAAGAAAUUAGACCUCACCCUGUCUCAAAUCAGGUGCAUGCAGGAGUCUGCGGCAUUUCAAACUAAUCAGAAUGCCCGUACGAGAAAAGGGAUUAAUGAACGAGUACGUCAGAAAAUGUUGACCUCCCCUCUGGCUGUUUCAGGUUCACCGUUGUUACAUCCUGUGGCACAUCAGAUCUCUACGCCUGUACUAGCAACACAAUAUAUCCUUUGCCCUAUAAAUACCCCAGGUACUUCACAAUCAAUCAGUAGCAUGUCAGCCAAUGGGUCAUCUGCUGUGCCAAGCAGCAACCUUACCACCAGCAGCAUUGUGGUAACUACUCCGACUACUUCUGUAACUUUAACCCCAAAAAAGCUGCCAAAUACAGCCACUUCAUCUCCAAUGAGACGCAAACCAGACACUCAGAGGAGAAGAAGAAUGGCACCGAUAAGCGGCUCAGUAGCAGAAAGAGACAUGGCAGCAGACAUUGAUUCCAUUCAAGGCCUUAUUGAGGAUGACUUUCCACAACUGGUUAUAGAAAAUGCCCGGGAAAAGAUCUUGAGUAACAAAUGUCUUCAAGAGAAGUUAGCAGAAAACAUUAAUAAGAUCCUUGCAAGUGAUUCUGCUGCACAGACCUCCAAACAAGGUGAUGGCACAGCUGCUGAACAAGAUCCCUCCAUUGACGAAAUUCUCGGCCUCCAGGGAGGAGAAAUUCACAUGAGUGAAGAGGCUAUUCAGGAUAUCCUUGUUCAGACUGAACUUGACCCAGACUUUCAGGAGCUCUAUGACCUGUUUGCCUGUGUUUCAUCCAAGGCACCAAAAAGUACUGCUCGCGACCCUUCAUCUCAAAAUGUUGACGCUAAGACGAGUGCCAGUGAGAAGAGUAAAAAACUGGAUGAUGUUAAUUGCAGAGAGCGGGCUGGAAAUAAAAUGGAUGGUUGUCUAAGGGAAAGAGAGACUGAUAACUCCAUCUUAAAUGACCUGUCUGAAGCAGAGUCGUCUCUGAAAGAAAAAGCAGAUGGCAGCAGCAAUUUGCAACAAACGUGUGUAAAUGAGACCACCACUUCAGGGAGUCCCAAAGUCCAGAGACAGUCUUCUGAUUUAGUUCUCUCCAUUGAGAGUUCUGAUGACACAGUAAUGCAGAUCAGCAAGGAGUCACAUCAGACUGUAUUAGAGGCCUCCUACACACAACCGGAGGAUGUUGAAAUGGAGAUCAUUUCUCCAACAAAUGAAGGCACAGAUGAUUGCUGCUUCAUUGUAGAGGAUGUCUUACCACAGACUUUAGUAAAUCCUGAGAAAUCUGGACUAACAAAUAUGUGUUUAAGGAGCUCGGAAAAUGAGGAACUUACAAAACUGUCCACCAGUGAGGGAACAACCAAUGAGAAGCUUUCAGACAAGUCACAACAGGAGUCUAAUAAGACCGUAGCAGAUUUACAGCCAUCAACAGUUGCUCCCCAGGAUAGUGUCCUGUUUAUUUCAGCUUCGGCUCCAGCGCUGAACUGUCCUAGUGCACAAAAUGAGAAGGAUCAUCAGUCAGCUGAGACCUCAAAAAUAAGUCAUGUGAAUAAUCUUUGUCAUGAUGCAAAAGAUAAGCAAGGGAAUGAAAGUGACUCUGGAGCAGCUAUUGAAAAGGAGGCCGAAUUGCAAAAGCUUACUGUGACUAUUGCCCCUGCAGCAUGCCAUGGGCAGAACAGCCUGGGACCAGAUAUUGAGCCUUAUAGCGUUGAUAUCACUGUACCUAGUAGCAGCCAGGCAGUUAUAGAUCCCUCUACUAUUGUGACGCUCGACAUAAUUACAGAAGACCUUCCAGAAGAGUCAGAAUUACAUAAUGCAGCAACAAGCAUUCAUGAAGAAAACUAUCCAACUAUUAUUUUGUCACCUUUAGUGAAAAAUAAAGAAAUUAGGAUUGGCCCGUCACAAAAUAGUUCAUCUGGAGAUUUUGUGGAGCCUUCUGUUGUGGGAGAACAGUGUCAGCUGCUGGCUACAUCUACUGAUGGUUUAAUGAACACCAAUAAUAUUUCAAAUGGAGAUUGUACUGUCUAUGCUGUCUCUGGGACUUCUACUACCACUGAUGGCGGUGUUAUACAACUGAUGCCGACCUCAGGUUCAAGCUUUGCACCCCCCAAUAGCCUUUUUAUAAGUUCAUGUGUUGCGAGUAAUGUUACAGCCAAACAGCCCAACAUCAUGAUGAUGUCAAAUAGUUCAGCUCCUAAUAACAGUCAAAAACAAGCCGGCCUUUUCCAAACGCCUCCUCGGCCUGGCAGCGUAUACACCGUUGGACAAACCAUAUCGCCAAAACUUUCUAAAGGCUCUACAAUCAUACUCGCUUCACCUGUUCAGCCUGUGUUACAGGGUGUUAUGAGCAUGUUCCCGAUUUCAUUGGUUGGUCAGGGUGGCACCACUUUUACCACACAGCCACAUCAGAUUCUGCAUGUUCCCAUCUCUAAACCUGUGGUUCCUAAACUUCCUCUACCUCCAAAGUCUCAGAAAUCUCUACCAAAAUCUUCUGCAAACACAGGUAAACCUUUGACAAACCCGGCGGCUGAUUCCAUGAGCCGACCCUCCGGUUUAGUGCAGAGAGAAAAUGAGGAGAAGAAUUCCACCUCUGUGAUUGAGCAGAAACCUGAUGAAAGAGCCUUACCAGAGACACUAAAUGCUGUGUCCAAAUCUGUGGAAGCUCAUAGAAGAGUGCUUUGCUUUGAUGGGACUUCAAUGCCACUUACCUCUAAUUCUUCAUCCACAUUAAUUGCAAAAAGUCAAAAAGACAAGGAUGACACUAUACAAAUUGAUUUGACCUCCACAGAAGCGGUGUCUUCUAAACUCAACUUUUCCAAAGAAACUAGGAAAACAGAAAGUUCAACUUCUUCAAUAGGGAAGAGUUCCAAAGUGGAUAUGACAGCGGUACAGGCAAAAGAUCAAUCUGUAGAAAAGAGGCCCACAAAUUUAGGCGAUGGGUAUGGUGUCAACAAGGAGAACGUGUUGCAGGUAAGAACACAAAUUCACUCAGCAGGCCUAAUAGAGAAAAAAGCUUCGGGUCAAGAUAAUAUACGCACAGAGAAAAACGGAAAACCUCAGGAACCUAUUAGAAAACAGACUUCACUGCCUAACAUUCUGAGGAGGACACCCCAAAAAAAGUCCUCUAUAGAUAGAGUCUGUUCCACCAGCCCUCUAGCAAAACAGGCUAGUCAGCUCUUGCAAGACAUGCAGUUUCAUAGUCCAAACACAAAGCCACGGUCCACUGGAGAUGUACCACGAACACCAGGAUCAGGAUUGGAGGAUAAGUUAGCAGAUAACAAUUCUGACCACACACGUACUCCCACGUGCCGGAAUUACAAUGAGGAUGGAGGGACACCCAAACCUAUGAUGCCUCCUGCAACGCCAGACCUGCCCACAUGCAGUCCUGCAAGCGAAGCUGGUAGUGAGAAUAGUGUCAAUAUGGCCGCCCACACACUAAUGAUUCUGUCUCGGGCCUCUAUUGCAAAGGCUAGCAGUAGCACACCACUGAAGGACAACACCCAUCAGUCAAAACCAUCCAAAAGUACCGCAAAGAAAAGACGGCUUGAGGAUUCUGAUGAAUAUGAACGGCGGUCACAUAGAAAAGAGCUGCUGAGCCCCUCAAGUUUGCAAAAAAAGAAAAAAAUGAAGAAGCAUCGGAAGAAGAGCUCAGACAAUUUCCCAGCUGGAAUGGAUGUUGAAAAAUUCUUAAUGUCCCUUCAUUACGACGAGUAGUUUGGACUCUGACAUCUACCUGCACAAAGUACCUUAUAGAAGCAGUCUUGCUAAAUAUAUAAUAUGUAUAGAUAUGUAUGUAAAUAGACCUGUGACCUCUAUGGGGUCAUGUGUUUUGUAAUAUGUAAAAUGAAGGCACUUGCUUUGUUGCUGCCAUGUUUGAUUGAGUUGUAUAUAUUGUAUACAUGUGACGACAAGCAGAUAAUAAACAUAGAAG